AACAGUCUUCUCCAGACUGCAGGCAAGACUUGACUGGAUGACAAGAGUGUCAGCAAGAGGUUUGAUGGCAUUUUCUCUCAGUGUAUUCGUCCUCCUUUGUGGGAUCAGUGGAGUGUUGACUGCCGGUGGGUCUCCGUCUAACCUUUAUGAUUAUGCUGGCUGCUGUCCUAAGGGCUGGACUCAGUAUAAUGACCACUGUUACAGCCUCAAACAGCCCAAGACGUUCGAAUUUGCAGAGCUUGUAUGCAGCACUCUUGGUGGCCACCUGGUCUCUAUUCACAGUUACCUGGAAAAUCAGGUGGUUCGCGGACUGCUAGCAGAAGCGGAUGCAAAGUUUGCCUGGAUUGGACUCCAUGAUCCUGCUGCGGAUGGAGACUAUAAAUGGACUGACGGCACAAACGUUGAUUUUCUCAAGUUUGCCAAGCGACAGCCGGAUCAUAAUGGUGGCUGUGUGGGCAUUUAUGCAGCUGGUUCAUGGUUUGUUCAUGACUGCAACACCAAGGAGCCAUACGUUUGCAUCAGAGAUGCACAGUGCUGUGGCAUCCACUAAUCAGCCCUCAUAUAACCAUGUCUUUCCUUACUGACAAUGACAAUGUUAAAUUUUAUUGGGGUCUCUACAUCUCUGGGUUUACUUAUCAAGUCUUUGUUUCCUCCUCUUUCACAAACCUCAAAGAUCAUCUCUAAAUAAAAGAACAU